GCUUUUGGUGACGAGGCGCGGGGCUCGGGCUCGUCGCGCGCCCCACGGCCGGGGAGCGCAUCCGCCAACCCCGGGCGGAGGUGGGCCCCUCCAAGCGCAAGCGGGCGGCGGGCAGCGGCGGCAGCUGAGACUCCGGGGGAUGUGACAGCCGCCGGGGAGGGGGCGAGACGCAGACCACACGUUGCCCACGUGCGAGGACCGGGCAGGGGCUCAGCCCCUAGGCCGCCCGGUGCGUGGGGCGGCGGGGGCUGGCUUUGAGUCACCCCCCCUUGUGCCAGCUUCCCCGGCUCGGCGGAGACUGGCUUGGGGAUGCCUGGCCGCCCGGCCCCCUUCUCGGACGCGGCGUGGGGAGCGAGCUGGAGGAAAGGAUGAAGGGGCGGCCGGCGAGUCCCAGUGAGAGCGGAGGGUGCCAGAGGUAGGGGGCCGAGAAACAAAGUUCACGGGGCUCCCUCCGGGACCGCGGUCGGGGCUGCGCGUUUGACCGCCCCCUCCUCGCGAAGGCAAUGGCUUCCAAACUCCUGCGCGCGGUCAUCCUCGGGCCGCCCGGCUCGGGCAAGGGCACCGUGUGCCAGAGGAUCGCCCAGAACUUUGGUCUCCAGCAUCUCUCCAGCGGCCACUUCUUGCGGGAGAACAUCAAGGCCAGCACCGAAGUUGGUGAGAUGGCAAAGCAGUAUAUAGAGAAAAGUCUUUUGGUUCCAGACCAUGUGAUCACACGCCUAAUGAUGUCCGAGUUGGAGAAUAGGCGUGGCCAGCACUGGCUCCUUGAUGGUUUUCCUAGGACAUUAGGACAAGCCGAAGCCCUGGACAAAAUCUGUGAAGUGGAUCUAGUGAUCAGUUUGAAUAUUCCAUUUGAAACACUUAAAGAUCGUCUCAGCCGCCGUUGGAUUCACCCUCCUAGCGGAAGGGUAUAUAACCUGGACUUCAAUCCACCUCAUGUACAUGGUAUUGAUGACGUCACUGGUGAACCAUUAGUCCAGCAGGAGGAUGAUAAACCUGAAGCAGUUGCUGCCAGGCUAAGACAGUACAAAGACGUGGCAAAGCCAGUCAUUGAAUUAUACAAGAGCCGAGGAGUGCUCCACCAAUUUUCCGGAACGGAGACGAACAAAAUCUGGCCCUACGUUUACACACUUUUCUCAAACAAGAUCACACCUAUUCAGUCCAAAGAAGCAUAUUGACCCUGCCCAAUGGAAGAACCAGGAAGAUGUGGUCAUUCAUUCAAUAGUGUGUGUAGUAUUGGUGCUGUGUCCAAAUUAGAAGCUAGCUGAGGUAGCUUGCAGCAUCUUUUCUAGUUGAAAUGGUGAACUGAUAGGAAAACAAAUGAGUAGAAAGAGUUCAUGAAGAGGCCCUCCUCUGCCUUUCAAAAGGGUGGUCACCUACACAUGUUUAAGGUGUCUCUGCACAUGUCUCAAGCCCAUCACAAGAAAGCAAGUACAGUGUGGAUUUCAAAUGGUGUGUAACUUCAGCUCCAGCUGGUUUUUGACAGCUGUUGCUGUGGUAAUAUUUUUUCCAUGUGAGGGUGAUAGUCUCUGGUUCUCCCCAUCCCCACAAAGGCUGUUGAACCACAGCACCAGGAAGCCUGAGAAUGAAUCCUGAGGGCUCUAGCCCAGGCUUUGUCCCAGGCUUUCUGGUGUGUGCCCUCCUGGUAACAGUGAAAUUGAAGCUACUUACUCAUAGUGGUUGUUUCUCUGGUCUUGAGUGACUGUGUCCACAGUUCAUUUUUUUCCAGUAGGAAUAACUCCUUUUCUACAUCCACACUCCAUAGAGUCUCUCCUUUUCAGACAUCCUGGGAUGAAAGAAUUUGGCUUCUUCUUUUUUUUUUUUUUUUUUUGACAUCUGUUUUCACUCUUAGGCUUUUAAACAAUAGUUAUUGCUCUUAUCCCUCUCAGAUUCUAAGAACUGAGAGCGAUGGGGCUAUAUUGAAUCUCUGUAUGCACUGAGAACUGAGCUAUGAAGAGGAUCUUAUUAAACUGCUGGUCUGACUCUAUGGAUUGACACUGUUCCUUUCUUUUAUUGUGAAAAAAAAACCCCUAAAAGUCUUGGGAACCCCCUAAAGUCUUUUGGGAAUCCUCAAAAAGCAUGGGAAGUGAAGUAUUUAGCCACAUAAAUGUUGUAAGAUCAUAUCUUAUGUAUAGAAGUAAUAAGACCAUUUGGAAUUACUGGACUAAUUGAAUAGUUAAGGUUUCUAUUCGGGACAAUAAAAUGUAUUUUGAAAGUGCUGCUAACUAUUGAUGCUGACAGUGUUUCACUCCUAUGAGUGACCCAAACAUAUUAUAAAUAUGUGGUAAAGGGAAUGGAGCCUGUGGGGUUGAGCAGAAUGUUGUACUAGCUGUGCCUGGACUGAGUGUAAGAGCUUUAUGAUUAUGAGAAAACAAAUUCUUUAUUUUUUUUUCUGUUCCAAAGAUUCAUCCUAUGGGGUGGCCAUAAAGUCUAGAAUUAGAUACUAAUAUUUUAUCAUUCAUUAUAACAUAUCAGUAAACCAUUUGUUAAAAGAUUUGCCUGGUUUCCAGACUUGGUGGCCACCUUGAAUAAUUCUUGCUGUCUUCUUGGAAGGAUGAUGAAAUUUAUUCCUGCUGCCUUAAAAAUAUGUAUCCCUUCUUCACCCAUCAUGACUGUACCCAGCGAGUGUCCUUUACUAUUCUUGGGAGUGACUCCUGUCUAACUUCAUACUGGCGAGAAGAAAAGAAGCCUAUUUUAACACUUAAGUGGUGUUGAAACACAUUACUUACUUUCUGAAGAUGCCCCAGUGAAUCCUCUGUCAAUUCACUGCCAUAUGUAAUCUAUAUGAUAACGAAUGCAUCUUCCUUCUAAGUACUGCCCAAACUCUUGUCAGCUCCUCUCCCAUUGUCCCUUCAUGUGAAUAUUUCUUGGCUACCUUAGUGGAAAUAUAGACCAGUCUUCUCCCCAUCCAUCCUCUCAAACAUAAUGAGAUUGUUUACUUUUUAGAUUUAUGCAGUGAAAAUGCCCAGUCAGGUCUGAAUCGUCAGUGCAUUAUAUUGACUCUGAGCACUUUAGAAUUUAGAGUUGCAAUUGAAUGCCAGCUCUGGAGAUGGGGUGCAUAUCAGAUAUAUAAAUAAAGCUCAGGUUUGCUAGGGAACCAGGUAUAGAGAAAAAUAAGUCUGAUAUGAGGAAAAUUGCACAAUUUAGAGUAGUUAUGCCAUAGAGAAAAUUUCCACAAACUAGGAAAUGUAGAGAGUUAUUCUAUAGAAUACUCAAAAGAGGAAAGUAUGUGAUUUUUGGAAACAGGAAAAUCUUCAAACUUCUUUCUUUACUUCCCUUUGUGUUUAGCUGACCCUCCAAUGUGAUCAUUGCUUUUGGAGUUUAGGAGAGGUACGGGAAGUGGCCUGAUCCCUGCUUCCAUACUUCACUCCUCCAUCCAUCCUUCCCUCCCUCUUCCCCUCCAGCUAAAUGGACAAUUCUAGCCAACAUUGAGUCACUCAGUAAGUCUCAACAGUGGGUGUGUUUGCUGAGAUUGUCCAGCAGUUGAGCAGUUUGGUCUCACCUCCCUCGCUAAUUGAGACCAAAAAGAGACAAAUAACUUUUUCAUGGUCUUUGAAACAUAAUGCUUAUUUUGUGGUCAAUGGCUUUAAAAAAAUCUAUUUCUUGUUUUCUUCAACAAACUCACUAGUUUUCCCUUAAAUGAUUUUGUAAAAAUUAAUCUUGAAAAUGUUUUGACAAAAGUAAAAUUAAAGGGACAUCUUUUCUUGUUUGUUUGUUUUUUUUUUUCUAUUGCCACACAUGACCAUUCCUUCACCUUUAAGCAAAGAGAGUGGUUCAGAUGGUUUCUAAGAUGCCAACCUGACCUCGCAUUCUGUCAUUCUACCCAGCUCUUAAUUCAAUUUGCUUCCAUUAUCCUAACAGGCUUCUUUCUUACGUAGAACUUGGAAAGGCUGCUAUAUUUAAUACCCUCCAACACUAACGCAGACUUAAGAUAGGUACUGUUUAUUGAAAACCUACUGAGUGAAAUGUGCAGUUUUAGGACCUUCAUAAACAUCUCAUUUAAUCUUUCUAGCAUCCUGUGAAACAGCCAUGAUUUCAUGUUGAUAAACAAAGAAGACAGGGGUCCCAGGGAUGUGAAGCAUCUUGCCCAGGCUUCUGCUGCUGGUGACUAGUGUAGCCAGGACUCCAGCCCAGGUUUUCCUGACUCAGAAGACUGAGCUUUUUCCUGGAUGUUAUUAAUAGCUAAUUGUGUCCAAGCAACCAAGGGCCUUGAGUCUGCUUGGUUCUGCUUAUGGCCUCACAUCAAGAAUAAUGGAGCUAGUCCAUGUCUGUAGUCCCAGUGCUUUGGGAAGCCAUGAUGGGAAGGUUGUCGGAGGCCAAAAGUUCAAGACCAGGCUGGGCAAUAUCACAAGACUCCGUCUCUACAGAAAAGUAAAAAAUUAGCCAGUCGUGGUGUACACUUACGGUCCUAGUUACUCAGGAGACUGAGGCAGGAGGAUUGCUUGAUCCUAGGAAUUCGAGGCUGCAGUGACCUGUGAUUGCACCUCUGCACCCAAGCCUGGGCGACACAGCGAGACCCUCUCUCUUAAAAAAAAAAUAGCAGAGCUCACCAAAGUGAUGUUCACCUUUUUAUGACAUUCCUUUUUCUUCGCUUAAGAAAAGAAAGCUGCUAGAUGAGAGUCUUAGUUUUCCUGCAUAAGACCUCCUUUAUGAAUAGAAUAAAAGACUGUCAAAGUAGGCUGGGCUUGGGCCCAGGCUAAUCUAUGAAGGAAGCAAGCUCGUGUUCCUUACCUAUUCUUUUGGUGUCCAUUGGAUUGUGCCCCUGAAGUGGCCUUUACCCUUGAGCCGUCCCCAGCCAUGGUGCUCACACAUAGGCUUUUGAGCUCCUUGGAGCUAUCCAGAUCCUGCUCACUUUUCCUUCCUGAGAUCAGAACAAAUCACCCCCUUACUCCCACUCCAAACAGGCGUUGAUGAUAAACUAAUCCUCCUUAAAAUGCUGGUAGGUAAACAAGCAAUGAUGAAGCAUUGAACACAGGUUAACUCCUGACUUUUGUACGAUUGCCUAUUCCAUUACACAUUAACAUGACUCUGAAUGCCAAAUCCAAACCUUUGCCCACCAUCUGCUUGUGCAACAGUUAAGGCAGUAACCAGGGGAGAUUCACUUCCCAUCUUGUCCUUCCCCAGGGAUCACCCCCCUGCUGCCCUCUAGCAGCCAAGCUCAGAUGAGUUCCAUUGUUACCCUAGGUGUGCCCAUCUCUUUGGUAGGGAAGCAGAAAGGUAAGAAUAGCCAUCAAUGAGGAAGGAUUCUUGGAGCGAGGAGCCACUGUGGUUUUUCCUGCUAUUUAAGAUGUUGAGACCGGAUAACUUUAGAAAGAUACCUGCACAAACCCCUAAAAAAUAGUGCUUUUAUAAAGUUUAGUUCACUGCAACCUGAGUUCAGUAUUUGACAUUAGCUUUUUGUCCAAAGAGUUGAAGCCUGCUGGAAGUCUUUGCUCAAAUAAUAAAUACGACAUAUUUCCAAGUGUGUUCAGGUAUAGGCACUAGGUACUGUCUGUUUACUCCAUGUUAGGCACAUUACAUGCAUUGGCUAAUCAAAUCCUCAUCAAUUACCUACGUAAUAAUCUAAACUUGCCUUCUUUUAUUAUAAAUGGAAAUAAUCCUUUUUAUUUAAACGGGUUUUCAUGUACCUGUAGGGAUUAGGAAAUUCAAAUGGCCUUUUUUAUACCUUUCCCUAGUUUGAGCUCCCUGUUCUCUUUAACAGACAAAACAACAUAUUUGCUUCAGCCUGGAAUCUGUUUUUGGUGCUUUGGUGCAGAGACAGGAAACGGGCACUCAGAGUCACACUGGUAGUUGCACACUGUAUCUACAGAGGGCGUGUCUCAUCUGUACUCUGCUGGGUUACAGGAUUUCAGGAGGUAUUUGUGUCCACCUGAGAAUUCUGUUUAUUACCUUUCAUUUGACAGUGUCUUUCCUUUCUGCAGUUGAUUUUGCUAGAGAGGCAAUUCAUAAGGUGAGGUCCUGUUCAUAGUAUGACUUGCUUUCUCAAUAUCUCCUUCAAUUUUUAGUAACUCUUGGUCUAUUUGGUGUCUUUUAAAAAAAUAACCUGGUAAUGGAGACUUCUUUUAAUGUGGAAAUGUGGUCUGGUAGUAAGUUAUUUCUUUCCACAUGUGACUGACCCAAUCUGGUUUCCAAAUGAGAAGUGUGCAGGCCCCAGAGGUUGAGAAGCCAUAUUUCAACUGUGAAAAAAAUCUGCUUCCUGCAUCUGUUGAAAUAUAGUUGUUCAUACUUGCCAUCCCUUAUCUUUCUUGUAACAAUUUGCACAGUUCUUGCCAGAAUAAAUGCCAUUAUCUGUAUGCUUCAGGGAGUUCCCCAAUUUGAUCAUUUUGUGUGUGUGUGUGUGUGUGUGAGAGAGAGAGAGAGAGACUGCAGUAAAACAUUUCUAAAGGAUGAAAGCUCUUGUAUGGCAUAGAUACGAAUUCCUUCCUCUGGUAAUAAUUAGGUUAUUCCCAGAAGCACAGUGUCAUUCUUUAAAUAAAAGCUUUCCUGUUUAAAGCUUUUCAAAGGAGCAGACCACCUUGAAGAUUCCCCCUAGGGUUGAUAUGUGUCUAAUUCAUUUUAUAAAAAUUAUUCUUGUCUUCAUUUUAAAGCUUUGGCUAUAUAGUCAGAAAUGUCCUAAAUAACAAACUAUUUUGUAUUUAAUUUAGAGAAGACUAAAGGGAAGAAAAAUGAAAACUCAGUCUUUAUGUAAGCUCCAAGGAUAUUAGGGCUUAGAGGGCUUUUCUAGUUUUAUGAGAAUUUGUACUACUGAUUUUUAUAUAUUCCUGUUUUCGAGAUGAACAGAUCUCUGGGGAAAUUGUUGAGUUACAAUGGCAUUUCACUGUGAUCCCUCUCAAGCUCAGAUCAGUUCUAUAACCCAAUGACAGCCCGUCUCUUUGGUUUACUGUCCUGUGAAAUGUCAGCUCAAGUUUCCCAGAAGUCGUGUGUUUAUCAUGAGUCAGAGUGCUUUUCCUCGGUGGGACAGUUGCUGGCCCUGUUAAUUUUGGUGUAUGUGCUUCAAAGUAUCUAAACCUCCAGUCUGAUCUGUAUAUGCUAUCCUAACUGUUAAUUGUAUUAUUGAUUAUGUUGAUUAUCUUGCUUGAAGGUUCAUACUUUUCAAUUUGAUAGAAAUAAAGUUUUUUUCUGCUUAUA